AUGUGUGGAGGAGCUAUUAUCUCUGACUUCAUUCCGGCGGCGGUCGCGGCUAAGUCUCGCCGGCUCACCGCCGAUUACCUAUGGCCGGAUUUGAAGAAGCAGACGUCAGAGGUCAUCCACUUGGACGAUGACUUCGAGGCUGAUUUUAGGGAAUUCAAGGACGACUCCGACAUCGACGACGACCACCAAGUCAAACCCUUUUCUUUCUCCGCCUCUUCUCCUCGACCUUCGGCAGUGAAUUCUGUGGCAUUCAAAGGUCGAGCUGAGAAGUCUGCAAAGAGAAAGAGGAAGAAUCAAUAUAGGGGAAUUCGUCAACGUCCUUGGGGAAAAUGGGCGGCUGAGAUCAGGGAUCCAAGAAAGGGCGUUCGUGUCUGGCUUGGAACCUUCAACACUGCUGAAGAAGCUGCAAGAGCUUAUGAUGCCGAAGCGCGGAAGAUUCGUGGCAAGAAAGCCAAGGUGAAUUUCCCUGAGGAAGCUUCUGUGAAACGUUCUGACCUAAAUCCACAGGGAAAGCACAAGACUGUUCAAUCCAAUGUCCACAAGUUCAAUGCUGGUAACAAUCAGAAGGACCUUUGUUGUCCUAUGGAUCUGGUGGAACAGAAACCACUACUUAACCAGUUUGCUAACAUGGGGUCCUUCCCUGGCAGUGGAAAUGGGCUCAGUUCCCUUCCUUCGUCUGAUGAUGUGACCCUUUUCUUCAGUUCCGAUCAGGGAAGUAAUUCAUUUGAUUAUUCUGAUCUUGGGUGGGGUGAACAGGCCCCUAAAACUCCUGAGAUCUCAUCCAUGCUUUCUGCUCCUUUGGAUUGUGAUUCUCAUAUAAUACAGGAUGCCAACCAGCAGACUAACUCUCAGGAUGUGGUAUCUAUGCAAGAUGAUUCUGCCAAGACACUGUCUGAGGAGCUUGUGGAUAUUGAAUCUGAGUUGAACUUCUUUCAGAUGCCUUAUCUUGAAGGGUGGGAUGAUACUUCAUUGGAAUCUUUGCUAUCUUGUAACACAACCCAGGAUGGUGGAAACCUGAUGAACUUUUGGAGCUUUGAUGACAUUACUAAAAUGGCUGGCGGAGUUUUCUAA